AUGGCUUCCCCGCUCUCCCUGACGCAGUCUUCCUUUCUGCUAUCCUCUCUCAUCUCCUCGCCCCCGCAUCGUCUCGACGCUCGCCCGCUCCUCUCCUACCGCCCCCUCGUACUCUCCUCGCCAGUCGAGGCAGGCUCAGCCACACUCUCUCUCGGCUCUACUUCCAUCACCUCUAAAGUCUCCACGCAAGUCAUCAAGGCCUCCUCAACCGAAGAGUCCCAGCUACAGCAGCAAGAAGAGGAAGGAGAGAAUGAAGAAGACGAUUCAGCGGGGGUGUGGAGCGUGAGCAUUGGGACCAGCCCAAGUUGUCAGCCGCCAGUGGUCAAUGGAGGCAAGAGCAGCAAGACGGGUUGCUUGGAGUUGGACGCGGCUCUGUUGCAGCUGGAGAGGAUGCUGAAGAGACACCUCAACCAGGCCAUCCCGAUGGAGCAAUUCAUCAUCCUUGCAGCACCUCAAAAUGCGUCAGCAGCUGCCUCCUCGUCUUCUUCUUCUUCCUCCUCGAAUAGGGAAAAGCUAAGAGGAGCAACCUACUGGUCCCUCGCCCUCGACAUCACCAUUGAUUCCCUCGCAGGAGGCAAUUUGUAUGAUGCUGCUUGGGCAGCCGCCUUUGCCGCCGUACACCGAGCUCGGAUACCGCGGACCCGUGAAGUAGCCUAUAUCCCUCCCGAGUCGUCCAGGGAUCAAGCUACAGAGGGAUCGGCAGAUAUGGAGAAGAUGGGCAUCAAGAGUGUGAAGGGAGAGAAGAAGAGCAGAAAAGUUGGGCAGGGAAGAGCAUUUGAUUUCGAGCUGGUCGACGUUUGGGAUGAGGGAAGGCCGCUGAGUGGGCUAGAGGUCAUGGGCGUUGGUCUUACAGUAGGACUACUACCGAACGGUACCCACGUCCUCGACACUUCGCUGGACGAAGAGCUCUCCCUGCCCACAUCCCGUCGCGUCUUCCUGGUCGUCUCACCCUCUACGUCCACCCAAAUUCACUCUAUCCACCUCCUCCCCUCCCUGCUGAAUCUGACAGCAGGCGAGUCAGACAGUCUAUCGGAGGAAGACGCUCUGCGCUUCCCGCGUCCACCAAAGGCGCAGCUGCAGCAGAAUGAGAUCUUGCCAGGAGUCGAGAUUAAUGGGAAAGCCGCAGGGGGGCAAGUUCAAGGGCAGUGGGAAGAGCAAGGCUGGGGUCUACCUACCUUUCAGAGGAUCAAGGCUGGCGUGCAAGUCGGGAGCAAGUACGCUGUGGAGCUGGGAAAGGUGUUACGGGCGACGCUGGAUGCGGAGGAGGGAGCGGCAGUCAAGGAACGUGCAGGAGAGGAGAUGGACAUGUCCUAA